UGAAAGAGUUGUGAGAGCAAGGUCAGUACAGCGCACUAGUUGUGGCCAACCACGUUCAUAGAAAUGGGGCUUAAAACAAACAGGGGAGUUGUUUUAUUUUUGUGUCUCGUAUUUCUUUACAUUGGCCAAACAUGUGGUAUAACCCUUGAAAUAGUGCAAAGAGAUGAGAUGCAUCUUGAAAAAAGGUCUGCGAAUAUUCACACUGGGACAAUUACUUUUGGCACAGGUGAUAUUUCACUGGGUCAAAAUCUGGAAUAUGAGAGACGAUAUAUUGGACGAGAAACUGCAGACGGUGGCUCUGUUAACAUCCAAGCCGAUGACCCAGGACUGGUGGGUGGACAAAGCGGUAUUGAUGACUAUAGGGCCUGGCAUCGUAUGCAACCAGAUUUAUUAUGUACUAAUGACCUCAUGAAGUUCUCGGCACAAGGCCCUGGGUGCUAUUCACUCCAGUUAGACAGAGGUGGCAAGCCUCUCUCGCUAACCCAGCUACCACAAGACUGUGGCUACUCUGUGACAAGGACUGCGGUGGGCCUUGUGUUUCUCGCCUCUCUUGAUGGUUGUGAUAUUGUAAAACAGGGCAAUAGCCACUUGCUGCAGAUGUUGUGGCAAGGCAAUCCAGUAACCCUCUCCUGCCCUGUGUCAAGCUCAGACCAAGUCUCUCCAGUUUUAUCUACUACUCCAGCUCCAACUACCGAAGCACCUUCUACAGCUGCCAAGAUUCCUCCACAGUAUCAACAGUGGCCGUAUCCCUCCUUUGGAGGCUACUACCCCCCUUUAAUGCCGGUGCAGACUCCCCCUCAAACUACAGAAGCACCUCCCACAGCUGCCGACCUUCCUCCACAGAAUCAACAGUGGCCGUAUCCCUCCUUUGGAGACUACUACCCCCCUUUAAUGCCGGUGCAGACUCCCCCUCAAACUACAGAAGCACCUCCCACAGCUGCCAACCUUCCUCCACAGAAUCAACAGUGGACGUAUCCCUCCUUUGGAGGCUACUACCCCCCUUUAAUGCCGGUGCAGACUCCCCCUCAAACUACAGAAGCACCUGCUACAGCUGCCAAGAUUCCUCCACAGUAUCAACAGUGGAUGUAUCCCUCCUUUGGAGACUACUACCCCCCUUUAAUGCCGGUGCAGACUCCCCCUCAAACUACAGAAGCACCUCCCACAGCUGCCGACCUUCCUCCACAGAAUCAACAGUGGCCGUAUCCCUCCUUUGGAGACUACUACCCCCCUUUAAUGCCGGUGCAGACUCCCCCUCAAACCACAGAAGCACCUCCCACAGCUGCCAACCUUCCUCCACAGAAUCAACAGUGGACGUAUCCCUCCUUUGGAGGCUACUACCCCCCUUUAAUGCCGGUGCAGACUCCCCCUCAAACUACCGAAGCACCUGCUACAGCUGCCAAGAUUCCUCCACAGUAUCAACAGUGGAUGUAUCCCUCCUUUGGAGACUACUACCCCCCUUUAAUGCCGGUGCAGACUCUCCCUCAAACUACAGAAGCACCUCCCACAGCUGCCAACCUUCCUCCACAGAAUCAACAGUGGACGUAUCCCUCCUUUGGAGACUACUACCCCCCUUUAAUGCCGGUGCAGACUCCCCCUCAAACUACAGAAGCACCUCCCACAGCUGCCAACCUUCCUCCACAGAAUCAACAGUGGACGUAUCCCUCCUUUGGAGGCUACUACCCCCCUUUAAUGCCGGUGCAGACUCUCCCUCAAACUACAGAAGCACCUCCCACAGCUGCCAACCUUCCUCCACAGAAUCAACAGUGGAUGCAUCCAUACUUUGGAGGCUAUUACCCCCCUUUAAUGCCUGUGAAGGCUUAAACCACUGUUGCACCAACUACAGAAGUACCUUCUACAGCUGUUCCACAGAAUCAAUGAACCACUUAUUACGAGUGCCAUCAGUACCUUUUCAACAGCACCCCAAAACGGAUGCCCUACUCCAAAGCUUUUACUUUGUAACUCCUCAGUCUCUCUAUUCUUAUAUGUGUUAUGUAAUGCAUAUAUUAAAAGUGUAUUUGGAA